CACACUUCCCUCUAUAACUCAACUGAGAAAUGGGAAGUUGAUUAUCUUCUUCUCCAUGGCUCUGAAGCUCGCCACUCGUUUCUCCAUCUUCCCGCCACCACUCUACCCGAACCCGAAUCCGAACCCAUCCACGGAGCUCCGAUUCUCCCUCUCAACCUCCGCCACCGCCAACAAUGCCGGCCAAACAUCCCACCCCACCAGCAAAGACCCACGAAACCCCACCGUCGACCAGCAAUCGCACCCGGCGUUUAGGUUUUCGAACAUCCCCAAAUCUAAACCGAGACCGUUGACCACCGCACCGGAAAACAUCAAGAUCAGCGACGACGGACUCUCCUACGUGGUUGACGGUGCCCCCUUCGAGUUCAAGUAUAGCUACACCGAAACCCCCAAGGUUAAGCCUCUCAAAAUGCGUGAAGCGCCAUAUGUUCCGUUCGGACCGGUCACCAUGCCCAGACCGUGGACUGGCCGUGCCCCGCUUCCUCCGAGCAAGAAGAAGCUGAAGGAGUUCGAUUCCUUCGUGCUUCCGCCUCCGCACAAGAAGGGUGUUAAGCCGGUUCAGUCGCCUGGUCCAUUUGUUCCGGGGAGCAGCCCCAGGUACGUGCGGUCCAGGGAGGAGGUUUUGGGUGAGCCAUUGACGAAGGAGGAGGUUAAUGACUUGGUUAAAAGCUCCAUGAAAUCUGACCGCAUACUCCAUAUGGGCAGGGAUGGUUUCACGCAUAACAUGUUGGAUAAUAUACAUGCUCAUUGGAAGCGGCGGAGGGUGUGCAAGAUAAAGUGCAUAGGAGUGUGCACAGUUGACAUGGAUAAUGUGUGCCAGCAGUUAGAGGAAAAGACAGGAGGGAAAGUCAUUCGCAGAAUGGGUGGUAUACUGUACCUUUUCCGAGGCAGAAACUACAAUUAUAAAACCCGUCCGCAUUUUCCUCUGAUGUUAUGGAAACCUGUUCCUCCAGUAUACCCCAGGCUAAUUCCGCGAGUUCCGGAAGGUCUAACACCAGAACAAGCAUAUGAAAUGCGUCAAAAGGGAAGGACAUUGACUCCCAUAUGCAAGCUAGGUAAAAAUGGUGUUUAUUUUAACCUUGCAAAUAAUGUCAGAGAGGCAUUUGAAGAGUGUGAACUAGUGCGUAUAAACUGUCAAGGACUAAAUAGAAGUGACUAUCGCAGGAUUGGAGCAAAACUAAGGGAUCUUGUUCCAUGCACAUUGAUUUCAUUUGAAAAUGAGCACAUACUUAUGUGGAGAGGACUAAAUUGGAAGUCCUCUUUAGCUGAUCUUGGAGAUGACUGUGGGGAAUCCAAUAAUAAAAUUGAUAAUGACAGUAGAAGUUUCAAAACACUACCUUCAGAAUCCCCAGAAUUCUCAGCACCGUGUCCACCGAAAAAUCCAGCAGAGCAUGUGAGCAAUUUAUCGGUUGAGACUAGCAUUUCCUCUACUUCAAAUGAUGUGACUUUGGAUAAGGUUGAGGUACCACAUCCCACCGAAAAGAGCGAGCAGUCUGCGUGUGUGACUAUUAAUGCUUCACUUACAAAAACCUCCGAAGCUGAAACAACAAAUGAUGCCACGGGUUCCUAUGGUGAGCCAGAACCUUGCAGUAGUACCAGUCCAAGUGUGACCACAUCAUACUAUGAUAGCCAUGCUGAGCGCCCCUCAAAAGCUACGAGUCAUAGCCAUGGAACUGAGGAUAUAAUGGAUAGCAAAAGCAGCUGCAGUGAUGGUCUUUCUGCUUCAUUUUCGGGAUCAGAUCGGAUGCUAUCAUCUAGUGAGAAUGAUAUUAAUGGCAUGGUAGACCCUCAUGCUGAUAGUCUGCUAGGUAAUUCAGGUACUUCAGAUGUUAGUCGGCCAUCAAGGUCUGAUGCCCCGUGUAUGGAGAGAAUUACAUUACUGUUGGAGCAAGCUGUUGAGAAAGGCAGUGCUCUUGUCUUAGAUAAUGAUUCUUUGGAUGCCGACAAUAUUUAUCAAACCACAGUUUCCCUUGCCAAAUCAGCUCCACCUGAACCGAUUUUCACAAAACAUUGGAAGGUUGCGGAGCAAAGAAGUGACAAGCGACAAGGUUCAACUCUGGAGACAAAAGAAACUACCACUGUUGUAGCUAAAACUAGUGGCAUGGAGAUAGGUAAAUGGGAGAAUAGCUCUAAAAUUCCAAAAAUUGGCAUGCAAAAGGGUAAAAGGGAGAAGAGUUCUAAAAUUCCAAGAAGAGAUAACUUUGAUGAGCAAUUACUGAAUAUUGUACCACAGGGAACAUUAGGAGUUGAUGAACUUGCUAAACUUUUAACAUGAUACUAGCUGUAAUUAUCAGAAUUUCCCACGCCAUCAGAGUGUAUUCUUUUCAUUUGUAUAAUACUAGUGCAUUUGUUAACCAUAUAAUGAUAGCAUGUUAUUCUGAUGUC